AUGAGCUCCUGUCAUAAAAUUCAACACAUGAUGUUGACAGUAUUCGUAGUGUUGUUCCAACUUUCCAGUUGCUACGCACUGGGGCGUUCGGGUGCGUUUUUGCCAGGAAAACGACUACAAAACCACGGCGAAAUUCACAAAGCGAAAAAUCUAAUCGAUGUGUUAUCUUUUAAACUCCAUACCAAGUACGAAAAGCUCACGUUGCAAUCGAACGAGAAUUUGGUGCAAAGUGCGUCAAUUCGAGACGAAAUCAAGAUGCUGAACAAGUUGAAGGGACUUCUCAAUGAUCUUCUGAAUAAGAGUUCCGUUUGCGAAAAGUUCUACACAAAUUUUGAUUUCACCGCUGCUCGUGAAAUAAUGAUAGAUUCCAGCGCGUCCUUACAGAAAGAUUACACUGUUGCAGUACAAGGUAUUGUGACUAUUGUCUAUCAGUCUAUGGAACAGUUCUUAAUGUUUUAAAGUCUUUAGAUAGACUUCUUGAUGCUUAUCAUUAUUAACAUUAUACUCUGUUUCAAUGGAAAAGCUGGUUCAGCCAAGCUGUAUAACCUUGUCGUUGUUGUAUAACCAAUGACGUUGCUACAGUUACAGUUUUGAGAAUUUUAGUUGCUACAAAACUAUAAUACAAAGCAAGAGAAAAUAUAAAACCGCAAGCAGUACUGUAUAAUCAUGUUGGAGGCUAGAUUUCAAUUUUCGCUUCGUCUGCAUGAUUUCGAUUUGUGCUCAGACGGCACGCGUUUGCGAAUGUUGUGCGGAGAAUAGUGCCCUCCAGAUUCUAUCAAACAACGCAUAUUUUUUCCGAGUAUUAUAGUUUCCUAACGCAGCAAAACAUGCAAAUCUAAAUAUAUUGCAUGGUAAAAACAUGUAAGGGAUUGGGAACCAAACGAAUUCUUGCUGAAGCCUGAGCACAAACGCCAUUUCCGUGUUCAGCGCUGGCUAAUGAGGCAUGGCUAUACAAGCCAAUCAAAUCAAAUCAAAUCAAAUCACGACCAGCAACUAAAUUAUAGUGACAAUAGAAUGUACAUUCAACAUCAACCUCUCUUUCAAUUCUGAUUCGAGCAUUACUAGCCAGCCUACAUGUGAUACCCAGGCUUUAUCACUCAGUUUGGGCAACGAGUGAAUCCAAAAUGCAAACUGGAGCAAGCGAUGAAAGCCUGAACAUUAUUUGACGACUUCCAGACGGCAUCCAGCCACGACCGAAAUUAUGCAUGCAUAUAUCGCAUCAUUGAACGCGAGACAAUAGUGCAAUACUGUAUAAAACCGCCUAAAUAUUUAAAUUACCUUGAUUCGAUAUGUUCGUAUGGGAAGCUAUUUUGAAUUCCCAGGAUAAAAUCUCGUUUAAAUUAAAGGGAAAUGGCAAAAUAUUUUUAUUUUCUCAUUUGAAAGAACUUUGAAGACUAUAUAUAAUACUCUUUUACCGUUUUUUCAUAUCUUGCUUACUUCUACAAAUAUUUUGAUCGAAAGGAAUGAAAUGUCCGCCAUCUUAAAGUUUUGUACAUAUGCAUGUCACGUCACAACAGGUCUCAACACGUCACAUCCAUAGCUUAGUAGACAUGUUUACUAAUCAUUUUGCACUCAAAACUAUACUCUGUCUGCCCUUCGAAAUAUCAAGAUCACUCAAAACCUUUAAAACACUUAUCACUCAAUAUUUGGUCAGCAAUGAAUACUUUUAUAUGGUUAAUCCCUGUUGUGAAGUCACCAAAACUACCAAUUCUUUAUUCUGUGCUACUGUUAAAGGCACAGUUCAGCCUUUUGAAUGAUGGUUUUUAAGGCGCAUUUCAGCCUUUUUUUGACUUUUAAUUGAAAAAAACUAACUAGGAAAAUCAAUUAAGCAUAAUUCAAGAUCAGCAAACUUAAUGUUUUUAACAUCUUAAAACAUUUUUAUUGUUAAAAACAUUGAGUUUACUGAUAUUGAAUUAUGCAUAAUUGAUUUUCCUAGUUAGUUUUUUCAAUUAAAAGGGCUGAAAUGCGCCUUAAAACCAUCAUUCAAAAGGCUGAACUGUGCACUCACUGUGCCUUUAAUAAGAUCAAACAUGUAUCUAAGAUGGCGGACAUCUCAUUACUUCAAGUGAAAAUAUUCCAAGAACUAAGCAAGAUAUGAAAAAUCGGUAAAAGAGAUUAAUAUAUAGUUUCAAAAGUUCUUUCGAAUGAGAAAAUAAAAAUUUAUAUUGCCAUUUCCCUUCAAUAACAAAAGCUUGAUUUCUAAAGACCUCAGAUUUUUAUACACCCGGUGUAUUUUAUAGCAUGUUUGAAAAGUGUUGUUUGUUUUGACAAGACCAGUGUUUCGGUGGCCAGUCGAUAUAUGGACGUGCUUUCUAAAUUCUAAAUGCUAGAUCCCAAAUCAAUAGUCAAUAUAUAAGAAGGUUAGGAAACUCGAUGCAGACAUAAUAGACCUCAUUAUCUAUGUUUUUGUCUUGGUUUAUAUGCAAGAAAUGGUCGGUUCAUUGUCACGUGUGUAUUGUAUUUUCACUAGAGCAACCAAUAACUAUGUUUUCAUUGUGGAAUAUCACGAGCUAUUGGUUGGUUAGGUAAAAAAAAUACACACGUGACGAUGAACCGACCAUUUCUUGCAUAAACAACCAAGAUAAAAACAAUGUUUCUUUAAACUAGAACAAUCGCAACUAGGCAUGUGAGUUAUCUAGGGUUCUGAAUUGGGUAGCAACCAUAUGGUAGCAACCAAUUCACAACUUCAGAUGACUGAUUAUGUAAGCCAAAAUUGUUUAUAAAUCAUAUAAUGUAAUUACCACAUCAACUGAAGUCUAUCAUAUCACCCAACUCAAUCCAAUCCAAUCCCAGGCAUGAAUACUGAAUGUUCCCUAAAUCGUUUUCAGUGAACCACCGUGAUUUGAUCGACAAUGAUCUGGCGUUGGCAAACGGUAACGACUUAAGGGUGUAUUUCCGAAAAGAUGAAGACUGCAGACCAAGAGAACUUGAUCGAGUCUUGGAAAAUAUCACCACAACGAAGACAAGAGUUUUGUUUAAACUUCAAGAAGACUUGAGCGAAACUGUUCGUGAUGGAUCCGCUUACUACUUGGUUUAUGGUAAAGUCAUUAUACAAAUUUAUUCGUCAAGAUUAACUCUCUGCGCAUGCGUAAUUCGUCUUGACGGAUGAACGUCCGUUUGCUAACACCGCGGAAAAACGUCUGCGCAUGCGUCAACCUUACCUGUAAAGUAUUGCGAACUUAAUGAGAAGCUGUUCCGAACGUUUCCGAAGGCUCAAAAUGGCGGUAAAAAGGAGUGACUUCAUUGUGCGUCUUUACAGCCAGAUUUCGAGCGCAAAAAUAAACAUGUCAUUCUAAAAACUAGGAAAAAUACAGCCAGAAGGUUCAAGAAAUUGUAUCGUACAAGAACAUGAACUAAAGGUGAUUGUUGACAAAUUUAUCGUCUGAAACAUUUUGUUUAUCAACUAAGCAACGACAAUUUCCGAAUUUUCUUUUGAGAUACAUUUCUUUAAAAAAAACUGUGUCGCCAAAUAUAAAAAAAAUUCGUGUUCACAAUAAUUAAACUUUAGGAUUUAUUCUACAAUUUGAGUGGGUUAAGAAGCUUAACUUUUCGAGAGUUUUCUUAACUUUUUAGUUUGAAUUUUUGUUUUGAAUAAUUUUGCAAAAAUUUUCGAAGUCGUGUCCAUUAAAAUCAACAAUUUUUUACAUGAAUUAUAUUUCAUUCCAUACUUUAAAUACCAGGACGCUUUCAAUUAAUGUCUAGUCUACCCAUUUGCUAUAUUUUCUCGUUUGUUUUACUAAUUUUUGACCAAUUAAUAAGCAUGUUUUUGUUUUAGAAAUUGAUAUUCAAAUUCCCCGCCAUAUUUUCAUAAUUUGGUGUAUGCGCAGACGUUUUUCCGCGGUGUUCCGUUUGCUAUGUUUAAACACAGAGGAAUUUCAAACGAAUCACUUUCAGACCUAACCUAUGGGCCUUUGGGAUCUCGUUUUACACUUGCAAAUUUUUGCUGCGAUUUUAGGUGCGAUUUCUUAUUCUGAUGCAUGUGAACGAGUAGAUGAGUUAUAUAUGUUUCAGCACGAGCUCCAACAUGUCCGAAUUUACUCACAGAAUAAAUUCGAGACGCAUGUUCAACCCUAACCUAACCCCUAACCUAACCUCAUUUCUUCGAAUUCUCAAUAUUAUUUCUAAACAAACAUCAAAGAUUUAAUUUCACAUAAAUUAUCAUAUCAAAACAACCAGAAAUUCUGGGUAUCAUGUGAUCAGCCGAUCCCAAAGCCAUUUUCGCGUAGGCAAAAUGCCCUGGGGACGAGGUUGUGUGUGCUAUAGGUAUUAAAUGAUUACUUUUGAACAUUUGUCGAAUUACAAUUUCAUGCAAACUGCGCAAAAAAUACGAAAUCCUCAAUUCAAAUAUUUCAAAAAGGCCAAGAGGAGCCUUACAGCACCCCCAUGUGCGACAUUUAACCAUGCAUAAUAUUUUACAGAUUCUAUAUUUUUCCAGGAAACAAAAACGCUGGCAAAGCAAAACAAAAUCCAGAAAAUGUCUAUUUAUUCUACGACGAUUUCUCCGACUCAAACCUUGAAAAAAAGUGGCAGAAAAACUGGGGCGAUAUUCGUGUAGAAAACGGUGUGUUGAAAUUGAAAACUCGCCAAACACCAACCAGCAAUACCGCUGAAAUUUCAGUGUUUGUCAAACACGGCCAUGAAUGGGAAGAUAUCGAAGUAGAACUAGACUUGAAUGAAAGAAAUACCGGGCCUAAUGUUGCACCUGGGCCAUUUCUCAAAGUUCAGGACGCAAGAAUUGAAAGCACUACUGCGUGGUGGGUUGAAUAUGUAUCAGGAAGCAAAUCGUGUACCAUGCGGCCCUUCAACAACAACAAGGAUGGAGGUUGGUUAUACAGGAAAACCUUAACUAAACCGCUGUCUGCAGGAUCAUGGUAUCACGCUAAAUAUCGAGUAGUUGGUGACAGGUUUGUAGGAACAGCAUUGCACUAAUAAUUGCUAUUUAAAAACUUCCGAAUUUGAUAAAAUGUAUCCUCGUUGAGUACCAAACAACUUUAUGCAUUUGCAAUGACAUUUAAUCAAACGGCUGCCAAUACUUGGCCUUUAUAGAAUAUGCAUUGUAAAGAACCAGUUUCACUUGUCAGUCUGAAGUGCUUCUUGAAUUUUCGGUUCUCAAUUGCCUAAAUUUUAGGCUGGUGGUUCUUACAGUACACCAAAGAGCCUGGGUACGAGGUUGACAGUACACACGCAAAAGUCUCACAUGUCUGCCAACAAGCAGUCUUCGCACUGCUUGUCCCAAGUUGUCAACAAGUUUGGAAAUUGGAACAAACUGUUAACAACUUGUAACAAGUCCAAUACAGUCAUGAUAUAACAAUAAUAUUUCAACCUUGUGUCAUCAACCUUGUACCAUUCUUGUUAUAUCAAAACUGCUUCAAACUUGUUAGAACAACUCUGCUAUACAAGUCAGAUAAUGCCAUGAAGCUUGUUACAAGUUGUUAACAGCUUGUUCCAAAACUUGUUACAACAACUGGGAACAAGCAGCGCGAAGACAACUUGCCGACAGCUUGUGAACAGACUUGUAACAACUUGUUUGCAGACCUGUAACAACUUGUUUGCAGACUUGUAACAACUUGUUUGCAGACUUGUAACAACUUGUGCGUUUUUACGUGAGUAAUCAACUGGUUCUUUUAUGUGGUUUUAUCAUCAAUGCCCACUUACUGGAUUUUGAAGUAAGGGCCUGUCCACAAAAUAUAUGCCGUUUUGAGGGAUGAAAGUUGGGUACUUAUAUAUAUUAAACAAGAGUUACAUAUUGUCCGAAGGGCGUUAGUGAUUAUUUAUUUCUUUUUUUUUUUUUUUGGGGGGGGGGGGGGUUGACUCAGAGUCACAUAAUUUUCAAGGUGGGUAAUAAAAACGGUAACAAAACGUCAUAGGGAGGUUACGGUGGGGGUGGCAAAUAUCGACAAAAGGGUCAUGUAUAUUUUGUAAAAACCUGUCUAAUAUAACUAUAUUUUAUAAGGUUUAGCUUAUUUUUACCGUCUAGGUUUUCGCACUGGGUGGACAAUCAGCUCAUUCACGACAAUGUAAAGGUUUCCUCACAGUGGAUGAUUACAAAAGGCACUUUGGGUUUGGGUUGUCAUAAGGGUGAUACUGGAUGUUAUACAUUUUAUGAUAACAUCAAAACAACAAAAUAUGUCCCUGAUUUGCCAGCUGUAUCUCUAGGUAAGUUCCAUAGUGUAGGUUGAUACUCGAGUUGAUAAAUACGGACCGUAAGUACGUACGACGCAACGCGACGACGACAGCUAAUAACUGACAAACUUCUUGAAAUAAAUUAUUGCAUUAUGGAAGAAAUGUUGUUUGAGGAGAUUAAAACAAAGACUUUUUGGUUAAAAACAUUUCCGCUGGACAAAUUUGUAGUAGCACUUGUCGCGGUUUGAAAUGUUUGCGUUGAGUACAAGAGACGUGAAAAUCUCUGGGUUGCUGUUGUAAAAAGCGCCAACACAUUUUAACACAGUUUUAUUUAUUUAUUUAUAUCUAUACCUCCGAAAUUUCGAUAAAAAUCAAGCUUCCACAGAGGAUUGCGGGCUCUGGUUUCGAGAUUGAUAAAAAAACAAGACGCCCUUUUGUAAAGCGUUAUUAAGGUCCAGAUUCGACAACGCGACGCGAUUUUUUUGUUUUUGAAAGUUAAUAGAACAGCCAAUGAGAGCAAAUUUUGAAAGAUAUGUAGACCAAAUAACUCAAAAUGUUAUAGUGCUUCUAAAUAUUUGGAAAAUUUAAACUAGGAUCAAAGUUAUCGGUCAGUGAAAAUCGAUGAAAUCGCGUCGCGUUAACGAAUCGCGUCCGGUGUGUCUGGACCUUUAGUGUUCGCAUUUCGGCUUACAAAUAUCGAAAGUUUUACCAAAUAAAUAAACUCUGCGUCGUCCCCAGUCGCUUGCUCAGUAGAGAUCAGUGGCCGACAGAAAUCAGUGAGAGACAUAAUAACAAAGAUAGGAAGGGGAGAAAGGCCGAAGCCUCACUUAAAUUUUCAUAGCGCCCACACACGGUCGAGUGAUAACAACGAAUAACAUUCGUACAUCUCUAGGAACUGAAUGCAAAGUCGAUCUGAAGAGGUUUCAUGGGUUGGGCACAUCAGAAAAGAAUCCUGCAACAUCUUGCAAGCAAAUACAUGAUGUGUCGUUGAAAGAUGGAAAAUUGGACAAUGGCAUGUAUUGGAUCAAGACAUCCGCUGACCGCUCCCUACGGACUUACUGUGAUCUCACAAAUGGCGGGUGGACAUUGGUGGGAAAGGUCAGCGGUUUCGUCGACAAACUGUACAAGUUUUGGUUGAUAAAGAAUUAUAAGGUGGUGGCAUUGAAUAGUCCCGCUUUGCCAAGGUAUACAUAUACCUUAUAUAUAUGUGUGCCAGAGUGUAGAAUAGCUCAGCUAGACUAAUUCUAGCUAGAAGGAAUGCUCCCUGGAAAAUUUUGAAAUCUGAGAUGGUAUUUUCUGUGUUCUGAAGAAGAUUUGACGUCAGAACCUAUGUUUCGUCAUCAGGCGCAGUGAAGAGCUUCUUUUAUUUUUAUUGUAGCAAAGUUGGCUGUAUCGAUGCGCGUUACCUAGCAACCUAUCACGCGUCAACUGUGAUGUUUUCCAGCGGUGAUAACCAAAAUGGUAUCGGUUCAAAGUGGGUGCAAUGGCCGCUACCUCAAGGUCGAGAAAGUGACAGCCUCUGGACUCACAGUGUUGGUUUCAACACUGUGUCUAAAGCGAAGAUGUAUUCUGUCACCGUUAAAGCCUGGAACGGGCAAAAACAGGUUUGAUAUAAAUACUAGAUGUAAUGCAUGUAGAUACGUUUCGUUUACUAUUCUGGCCCCUUAUGGGAUCAUAUCGAGAUGUAAAAUGAAUAACAGCCUUCCUUUCGUUUCAUUGGGCCGGGGUAUGUCACAAACUAGCAUUUCCACAUUUUCACAAAACGCCGUGAAGUUUAUGAUUACAAAAUCACUCACCGAUUCAACUGCAUUGCCGAGCCGACGAUAUAUAGUUACCAACUUUCAGAAAAAGAUUUGCAGGAGAUUCGGGUUUUAGGUACCUCACAUGCUAAUGGCAUCAACGGUCAAAACUUUUGGCAUAUAGCGAGGAUACGGAUAGGAUAAAAACUGAAGCAUGGGAUGUCUUCAGAUGCCCCUAUAUCGCUACUUGUACCGACAAAACACGACAGGAAACCUUGUCCUAAUUAACAUACUAUAUGAUUUCCAAUGCUAUUGUUCGAUGCUUUUCUGAUUCCCCUGGCUGUUUUCCGUCUACAUGACAUCAAAAUACUCGAAUUCUAUUCAUUCAUUAAUUAAACUCUGAAUAUGGUAUUUCAAAAAGGGCAAGAACGUGCCAGUUUUAAAAAUCGCUGGAGAACUCUGUGACAUUAAUUGGUUGUUUCAACAAAAGUUUCAACAUUGCUGGAGCAAUGUUGAAACUUGGCAUAGAUUUCAGCCAUUUUUUCCACCAUUAAAAUAAACAUUUCUCUAGCGUUCACACAUAUUCACAUGUGGAUAAGAUCAAAUGUGCUUUACAUCAAGUAUUACGCUUACCUCACUACAUAUACUUGCUCAACAGGACUGAACAAUGUUUUGCUGCCCACGUUGUUCACACUUGUCAACAAUAUUGAACAAUGUUGUUGAGCCUGAAUCGGGUGCAACAAUAUUGUUCAAUAUUGUUGACAGCUAUGAACAAUGUGGGCAGCAAAACAUUGUUCAAUCCUGUUUUCAUCAGUAUUGCAUCAACCUGAGCGUUUUUACGCGUGUAGACAAUUAUUUUAUCUUUAAAACAAUUGUGAUAUUACUUUCUUAACUGUGUUUAUCCUAACCCACCCUGUCAACUUUCCCUGUGGGAAGAAAGCGAAGCACCGGCCAGAGAAAACCCACGACUUUCGGCAGAGCGUUGACCGACUCUUUUCACAUAAGUCCGUAGCGAGAGUCGAACCCACGAACUCAGAGGUGAAAGGCGCUUUGCUCUGACAAGUACGCCACUUCUCUUUGGGACUGAUAAUUCUUGAAUAUACAUAUUUUUGCACUCUUCCUAGGUAUGCUACCAAAACAAAUAUGGAAUCAUGCCUCUACCCCAUCAUGGUGGUUCCUAUCCCUCGGCUACAUGUAACACAGCUGGUAAUACGCGUGCCAAAGAUUACUGCAUGGCUGUUGGCGUGCAGAAGAGAGGAACAAUUGCUGAUGGAUGGACUCACAAAGGCGGCACCGGAUAUGAUUCUCCGCAGAGCAAUUCUGAUUGGCCAAAUUCUCAAUACACCCACGUAUCACCAUAUGUUACAGUUUGGUUAAAGUGAAAAUACAGAAACAUCGAGCAGUUUCUUGUUAUGUUUAAUCAACGUGGACAUAUAUCAACCCAUAUGUUUUUGCAUGCACUUUCAAUGUCUAUUAUACUACCAAAAUGUCAAUUAUUCCAGCAUUAUAAUAAAACUUUUCAAAUA